CGAGAUAAGAGAUUGCGUUUGGGUUGAAGCGUGAAUGUUACAUACGGAUCAUUAGUAAUUAUAAAACCGAAAAUGUUUUGGUCCGCAUUAUUUAUAUUGGCCGUGGGUUUUACCACCGUUUGGAGUGAUGAAGACACGGAAAAGUCACCGUUUUGCGAUGUAUGUGAAUGCAAGGAGAAAUAUGUGGAUUGUACAUCAACUUACGAUUCAAGCACACACGCCGUGUACGAAUCAAACUAUUACAUGAACGAUAAUAAUGUGAGCUACGGUAUAGAAACGUUGAUUUUGAGUGAUAACUCAAUGAACAAGAUCGACUAUCAAUUUCCGAAGAGCAAAUUGAAGACGUUGGAUCUGUCCUUCAACGAAAUUAGGAAAAUCAGAGGAGAGGCUUUCGCAAAUCUGCAGGAUAUGGUUGAAUUAGACUUAAGUCAUAACAAUAUAGCGUCUCUCACCUCAGAAACGUUCAAGGGUGUUCGUUUGGACGGAUUCGAUUAUCCUUUGCGUUCUUUGAAGACUCUUCGUUUGGGGCACAACAAAAUCACCAGUUUGCAUUCGGAAGUUUUUCAGCAUAUCGACAGACACAUUGUGAACGUUUACAUGAACAAUAAUCCGAUGAGCGUAAUUGAUGAAGGCACCGAACAAGCCUUCAAUACUUUGGUCUUCAUGGAGAUUUUGGAUUUGAGUGAAACGGGAUUGAAGAUGUUACCGAAACACUUUAUUUACACGCCGUCUCAUCUCUCCUUCUUGAACGUAUCUUUUAAUAACAUUGGAAACGUGACUGAUCUUGAUUUGGAGGAGAGCCACGUUCUGCAUACUUUGGAUAUAUCCGGAAAUCCGGUUGUGAAUAUCACCAAAGAAACGGCUUUUCCGCAAGUGAGUACUCUGAAAGUGUUGUAUAUGAAUAAGAUGGAUAAGUUGGUGGAGAUUGGAGAGAACGCGUUGAGCGGUUUGACUGGAUUGGAAGUGCUGCAUUUGGCGCACAAUCCCAAUUUGAAAACUAUUCACCACAAGGCUUUCAUCACGAUCGAGAAAGACUCGGAAACGCCCAUAGUUCACAAAUUAUCUAAGCUUUACAUCAACAACAACAUGUUGGCCCAUCUGGAUUUGGAGCUGAAUUGGGAUGGAAUCGUCGAUAUGGAUAUCAGGAAUAAUCCGUGGACUUGCGAGUGCGAGAACCAAUGGCUCAUCGAUGUUUUAAUGCCAAUUUACGAGAAGAUCAAUGCUACACAAGCUCUUGAAGUCAAAUGCGGUGCUCCAAUCGAAAUGGAAGAUAUGUAUUUCCAUGAGCUGACAGAGAAACACAGUUUGAUGAGGUGCUUGGAUCUGUACGGUAAUCGUCCUGAGAGGGACGGAACUGUGCUGGUUUGUUUGCUGCUCGGUCUUCUCUUGGGGAUUGCUGCUGCACUCUUCGUGAUGUACGCUUAUCAGAGGCAUUGGUUCGGAUUAUGCGAUAAAUCCCCGGCCGCAUUCUCGAGGCAGUUCUACGGAAGAACAAGGACCAACGAGGACGUCGACAUAUAUUAAUCUAAAUAUUAAGUAACUACGAUUAUCCAAUCUAAUCUCCAAUCGUCGAGAGUCAACAGUGAAUUAGUUGCAUCACUUUAAAAAAAAUAAUGCAUAUUUGUACUAAACAUAGUGAGCGUUUUGUAUUAUAUUUAUACUUAGUUUAUAGUGAUGAAUGUUUAAUUAAAUAAAGUGUAUCUG